AUGGCCACUCCAUCAAAAGACAAUCUCAUCCCUCAAGCAUCUUCCUCUCCAGCAUCACCCCUCCUAGCAUCUACUUCUCCAGCAUCAUCUGUACCUACAGAACUCCCACAAUCUAUCAAUAUGAAACCUGGAGACGUGACAAACGACGAUUCUACCCGUCUAUAUGAUCUCCAAGCAACCGCUACCCCUCCACCACCAGGCGAGGCCCAGCUAGCUGCAGCCUUGGAAGACUCGGCAGGCACUCCAGUAGGUGGAGGUCCCUUAUCGGGACCUUCGGACUUGGCUGGUGUUGUUGUUGUUGCAAAUGCCUCCUCCGCAGCAUUGGGCUAUGCAGUAGCUGCAGCGGCUUUAUCUUCGCCACCAGCCAAGUGUGGUGGUGACGACACUACAGGUGACAACAAUGAAGGAAACAAUAAUCAAGAAAUUACCAACACAAUCACAGCCACAGCCACCACUACCACCACUACCACCACUAACAAUAUUAAUAAUAAUAACAAUAAUAAUAUCUCCACAUCUCAAGAAGAAUCAAGACCAUCAUCAUCAGAUAUGGAUAUCGACAUGGAUGAGGCCUCCCAAGCUGCCUCUCCAUCAAGACCUCCCUCUUCUUCCAACAUUAUCAACACAGCAGCUACCGUAACGCCCGCUGGAACUGGCGCUGCUCGCGAAAAUGGCGCAGCUGUCGAAAGCUCCGGCACGGCCACCUCCAGCUCGGCAAGCGGUGCCAGCGCAGGCGCAGGUGCUGGCGAGCAGACCUCUCCUAGCGUGGCUUCUGCAGGUACACAAGCUUCAGCAGAGGUAGAGGCUGAAGUAGCGGCUGCUUCUUCUACUUCUUCUGCUUCUGCGGCAGCUGCUGCUGCUGCUGCUUCUGCUGAGGAGUACCCUUAUUCCAUUAGAUUAACCCCUUACAUUGACCACUCCUCUCCAGGCCCUACAGGAUAUAUCCCAACCGUUGAGCGCACAGCCAAAAAUGGCAUGGUGUUCCGGGUGGGCCGACUAACAGAUAAGAGCGAAGGAGCUGCUGCAACACGACCUGAACAUGCUCCCGUGGUGUUUCGAUCAAAGGUUGUAUCUCGGUCACACGCCCAGCUAACAGUAACUGAUGGACAGUGGUAUGUACAAGACGUCAAGUCUUCUUCAGGGACUUUUUUGAACCACGUGCGGUUGUCGCCGCAGUACCAGCAGUCGGCUCCAUUCCCGCUGCGGGACGGCGAUGUACUACAGCUGGGAAUGGAUUUCCGAGGCGGAACAGAGGAACUAUACAAGUGCAUCAAGGUGCGCGUGGAAGUAAACCGGUCAUGGCAACGUCGGGCAAACAAUUUUAAUGUAAAUGCACUAUCGACAUUGAAGAACUUGCAAGCAAUCAAUCCUAAUGACUUGCAGGAGUGUGCGAUUUGCUUGUUCCCCGUGGCACCAUGCCAAGCGCUGUUUGUGUCCCCGUGCACACACUCAUGGCACUACAAGUGUAUUCGACCAUUAGUGAUUAAAGCGUACCCACACUUUUUAUGUCCCAACUGUCGGGCCAUGUGUGACUUGGAGGCGGAGAUUGAGAGCCCAGACUUGUCACAUUUGAAGGUUAAAGAAUGA